UCCAGGUGAGCUGACGGGAUGCCCAGGUUUCAGGAGGUGGAGUCAGGCCAGGCCCCGCCCCCCGGCGCCGGCGGCCUGGUUGCUAAGCGAUACAGCAUCCUGCGGAGUCUGGGCCGAGGCAGUUUUGGGUCAGUUUACCUGGUUCGGGACAACAGAGCUUCAGACGGAGAGCAGCUGAAGGUGUUGAAGCAGAUCCCUCUGGGCGACCUGCGCCCCGACGAGACGGUGCGAGCCACCCAGGAGGCCCAGCUGCUGUCCGGGCUGCACCACCCGGCCAUCCUCUCCUUCUACCACAGCUUCCUGGAGCGGGACGCCUUCUGCAUCGUCACCGAGUUCUGCCAGGAUCGGGAUCUGGACUGUAAGCUGGAGGAGGUGAGACGAGAGGGGCGGAGCCUCCCUGAAACGCAGGUCGUUGAUUGGCUCGUCCAGCUGCUGCUCGGUCUUCACUACAUGCACGCCAGGCGAGUCCUCCACCGAGAUCUGAAGGCCAAGAACAUCUUCCUGAAACGAAACCUCGUUAAAAUCGGGGAUUUCGGAGUUUCCUGCCUGCUGAUGGGAUCAUGUGACCUGGCCACCACCUUCACAGGGACGCCGUACUACAUGAGCCCCGAGGUGCUGAACCAUCAGGGAUACGACUCCAAGUCUGACAUCUGGGCUCUGGGCUGCCUGCUCUAUGAGAUGUGUGUCCUGUCCCAUGCCUUCCAGGCUCCCAGCUUCCUGGCGGUGGCAAUGAAGAUCGUGGAGGGAGAAACUCCGGCGCUGCCCGCCCGCUACUCUGCCGAUCUCAACGCUGUCCUGCAGAGGAUGCUGCAGAAGGACCCAGCAUCCAGACCUUCGGCUGCAGAACUUCUCAACACCUCCUUCAUGGAGGACAGCAUGAAGAAAAUGAAGGACAGGUUUGUGUCGAAAGACGAGAGCAAGAAAGACGCCGAGCUCAUCGCCAGGAACAUGAAGACGAAGGUUCACCUGCAGACGCUGAUGGAGAGGUCGGAGGUCGAGCAGAUGACGCCCAGAGAGAGAAUGAGGCUCCGCAAACUGGAAGCUGCUGACGAGAAGGCAAAGAGACUCAGAGAGGACGGAGCCUGCCGAAGUCAACCAAUCAGCAUCCAGGACCACGGAGGGUCACCAGGAGGCUCGCAGCCAAUCCUGAUGAAGCAGGAGGACGGCGAGAUGUCGGAGUCGGAGGUGCACGAUAUCCCAGAGGACCCUCAUGCUGCAGAAGUUUAUUACAACCAGGACGGAUUUGAUUCGUGUUCAGAGGAAGAAGAGACGACGACACCUGCAGAGACACUCUACCUGUCGGACCCACAGGUCAGUGAGCUGGAGGCCUUGAUGAAGCACAUGCAGAAAGUUCUGGAAGAGGAGCUGAGCGGAGACCCAGAGGAGCCAGAGGCCCCUCGGGGCCCUCGGGGGCCCUCGGUAAUCAACAGCAGCCUCCUGCAGACCAGAAUCCAACACCUGAGAGAGUCCGUGUGCAGCCGCGUGGGCUCCGACGUCUUCCAGAAGCUGUACGAGGACGCGAAGGAGGCCCGGCGGCGUGGCGGCGGCGCCGGGGCUGUGAGGCGCCCGCCGGACCAACCGGGCGCUGCCGUCCAGGUGGACCAGCUGCUGUUCUACGAGGAAGAGCUGCAGAGAGUCAGACAGCAGCGGGACACUAACUGA